CAAGGCGGCUCUUCGCGAGCUCCUGGACAGGACGUUCGCGUCGGACUCAUCCGUCAAAGAGCACGGAAACGGGCUGUUCAAGGAGUACCAUCAGAAACACGGCGUGAGCUACAUUAGCUUCUACACCGUGGCGACCACACUAGCGCUGCUUAAGCUCAGGCAUCCCGUCACGCUUGGUGGCAAAGUUCUCAGCUUCGAGCAUCACGGCCCCAAGAGAGCACCGGAGCGAGGCUGGAGCCACAAACUUGACAGGCAUGGCCGGAGUCACGAGCAUCACCAGCCAGGCUAUUGGCAUGGUAAAAGUCCAAGCCCAAAGGAAGGUGAGACAUACUUUCGCCGUGCCAGGGGUCGUUCUACCGAAGAGAGGCAGCUCUGCAUUGAUCCUUCUCCUCAAUACGAUCCCGUCAACGAGAAGUUCCUCAGGUUUCAUGAACCUCAGAUUUUGGAAGGCGAGAGGCAUGGCCAUCGUCGGAAGCGUUCCACCUGUAUCGCAUUCGAGGAACACUUCUAUGAUCACCGCCAGGUUACUUGGAAGAGGUAAUCGAUCGAGAUUCGUGGUUUUGGAUAAGAAAACUAACACAACUAUGAUCAGCCAUGUAAAUCUGAGUAAAAACUUUGCCAAGAUGUUUUGAUAAAAUGUCUCGCACUGUCAAACACACCAUAACAUCGUUGGGUGUGAUCACUUCUUAGAAUCAUCGUCCACGAGAAUGCC